AUGUUCCAGCACAAAAGGUCCAGCCAUUAUCGCCCGACCCCGACGUCCCCAAAUCAGACCCCAGCCCGAGGAGCCGGCAAUGCACCUGCCCGCUCCCCCCCUCCGGCUCCGUUUGCCACAUCACACCCACAUGUCACCCAUCGCCUGGCCAAAAAACCUUCCCAUACUGCGUCGUCCCUCGAUUCCCCGUGUUACCCUCCCCUCACCCACUCAACCCACAACUACGAAUCCCGUGCCAAACGUCAGAACAGCCCUGUUGUCCCCAGGGGGGAAACGACGCCUAUCCCUUCCUGCCAGCCCUCUCGAGUCUUCUACGCGGCGACGUGCAUAACACCUGCAGAAACCCCGCCUACACCACCUUCACCACCUACACCACCUACACCGGCCACCACCGUCCCCGAAUGUCACCUCCCGCAUCGCAACAAGCUCCCCUCCCUUCCGGCGACCCGCCUGCAGCUUCCCUCCGGCUCCGUCCCCCCGUCUCCCUCACUCCCUCCCUCGGCCAGACACACGCCAACACUUCCCAAGCAAGCGGGUUUCGCUUCCCCCACCAACUCGCUUGUUCUCUUCCGCCGCAUUGUAGACUGCGCCGCCGCCCUUCGAGCCCGUCUUACAGAGCCGCCCUCGGUGGCUGAGGGCACUGUGCAUACGAGGGGUCCGCCACCAUCGCAAGCGGCGCAAGUCAGCCCUGAAGGUCUCGAGGCCGCCGGCUAG